AACAUGAUUAAAGUUUUCUAUACUAACUUUCAAGCACAAGUAUCCCAUGAAGGAGACUUGACAGAGCCCUUCAACAUGUCCACUGGAGUGCGACAGGGGUGCCUCCUAAGCCCGCUGCUGUUCAUAACCGCACUCGACUGGGUGAUGAGGGAGACCACUAAAGAAGGAAGGACAGGGAUACAGUGGACAUUGAGGGACAUGUUAGAUGACCUAGAUUUCGCAGACGAUCUCGCCCUCCUGAGCCAUAGCAUCAGCCAAAUGAAAGAGAAAAUGCAGAAAUUAGAGCGCAUCUCGAGUCAAGUGGGGCUGGUAAUAAAUGCAACAAAAACAAAAGAGAUGAGGGUCAAAACAACUGGGAAGGCCAAACCUGUGUGCUGCAGAGGAAUAGAGCUGGAGACAGUGAAGGAAUUUACGUACCUGGGGAGUGUCAUUAGCAAUGAUGGAGGGGCAACCAAGGAUGUCGAGGCUCGAAUAGGAAAAGCAAAGGCUGCCUUUGCCCAGCUAAAACCAGUCUGGAGGGCCAGGAGCAUCUCCCUCAAAACCAAGCUGCGAAUACUUGAAUCAAGUGUGAAAUCCAUCCUGCUAUACGGAUGUGAAACAUGGGGCCUGACACAACUUAAUAUCAAGAAACUCCAAACUUUCAUUAACUCAAGACUACGCUUCAUCCUUGGAAUCUGGUGGCCCAGGAAGAUUAGUAACCAAGACCUACUGGAGAAAGUAGGCCAGGAACCAGUGGAAAUCACCAUCAGAAGAAGAAAGUGGCGAUGGAUAGGCCACACUUUAAGGAAGCCGCCUGCAUCCAUUACGAGAGCCGCUCUGGAGUGGAACCCUCAAGGGAAGAGGAGGAGGGGAAGACCGCGGCUGUCUUGGAGGAGAGGGGUCAUCAAAGACCUGACUAGAGCCAACACCUCAUGGCAGGAGGUGAAGAAGACCACACAUGACCGGAAACGGUGGAGACACUUCACAGAGGCCCUAUGCUCCCGAAGGGGCGAAGAGGAUUAAAUGAAAU